AUCAAAAGUAGACCAAAUACAUGAAAUUGUGACUGGGAAUCCUACUGUUAUUAAAAUGGUGGUGAGUUUCAACCGUGGUGCCCGCGGUCAGAAUGCCCUGAGGCAGAUCCUGGCACCAGUUGUGAAGGAAAUCAUCGAUGACAAAUCACUCAAUAUCAAAACUGAUCCGGUGGAUAUUUACAAGUCUUGGGUUAACCAGAUGGAGUCUCAAACUGGUGAGGCCAGCAAACUGCCGUACGACGUUACACCUGAACAAGCUCUAAAUCAUGAAGAGGUGAGGACGCGCCUGGAUGCCUCAAUCAGAAACAUGAGGACAGUGACAGACAAGUUCCUGUCCGCUAUUGUCAGCUCAGUGGACAAAAUCCCUUAUGGAAUGCGUUUCAUUGCCAAGGUACUAAAAGACUCCCUGCAUGAGAAGUUUCCUGAUGCUGGCGAGGAUGAGCUUCUGAAGAUCGUUGGCAACUUACUCUAUUAUCGCUACAUGAAUCCAGCCAUUGUCGCACCAGAUGCAUUUGACAUCAUUGAUCUUUCAGCUGGAGGUCAGCUGACGACGGAUCAACGCAGAAACCUCGGUUCCAUUGCAAAGAUGUUGCAGCAUGCUGCAUCCAAUAAGAUGUUCAUGGGAGAUAAUGCGCACCUAAGCAUCAUUAAUGAAUACCUGUCGCAGUCAUACCAGAAAUUCAGACGUUUUUUUCAGGCUGCCUGUGAGGUUCCUGAAUUGCAGGAUAAAUUUAAUAUCGAUGAAUAUUCUGACUUGGUGACUCUCACUAAACCAGUUAUUUAUAUUUCUAUUGGUGAAAUCAUCAAUACGCACACUUUGCUCUUAGACCAUCAAGAUGCAAUUGCUCCUGAGCACAACGAUCCAAUUCACGAGCUGCUGGAUGAUCUUGGAGAGGUUCCUACAAUUGAGUCUUUAAUAGGGGAAGGGUCUGGCAAUGUUAAUGACCCCAACAGGGAAAUGCUAGCAAAAACUGAGGUUUCUCUCACACUCACUAAUAAAUUUGAUGUUCCUGGUGAUGAGAAUGCAGAGAUGGAUGCAAGGACGAUUCUGUUGAACACAAAACGUUUAAUUGUUGAUGUAAUCCGCUUCCAACCAGGGGAGACACUGACUGAAAUCUUGGAAACUCCAGCUACCCCAGAGCAAGAAGCAGAGCAUCAAAGAGCUAUGCAGAAACGGGCCAUUCGUGAUGCUAAAACUCCAGAUAAGAUGAAAAAAUCUGUGUCUGUAAAGGAAGAUGGCAAUUUAAAUCUUCAAGAGAAAAAAGAUAAAAUCAAGGCAGGCCUGAAGAAGUUGACAGAACUGGGGACAGUGAAUGCAAAAAAUAAAUAUCAGGAACUAAUCAAUGAUAUUGCGAAGGAUAUUCGAAAUCAGCGUAGAUACCGUCAGAGAAGAAAGGCAGAGCUGGUGAAGCUGCAGCAGACAUACAGUGCCUUGAACUCCAAAGCUACUUUUUAUGAGGAACAAGUGGAUUAUUACAAAAGCUACAUCAAAACCUGCUUGGAUAAUCUGGCCAGCAAGGGCAAAGUCUCUAAGAAACCUCGGGAGAUGAAAGGCAAAAACAGUAAAAAGAUUUCCCUAAAAUAUACAGCAGCUCGACUUCAUGAGAAGGGAGUGCUUUUAGAGAUUGAGGACCUGCAAGGUAACCAGUUUAAAAAUGUGAUAUUUGAAAUCAGUCCAACAGAAGAAGUAGGAGAUUUUGAGGUAAAAGCAAAAUUCAUGGGGGUACAGAUGGAAACCUUUAUGUUACAUUAUCAGGAUCUUUUGCAGCUGCAAUAUGAAGGCGUUGCAGUCAUGAAGUUGUUCGACAGAGCAAAAGUGAACGUCAACCUUCUGAUCUUUCUUCUGAAUAAGAAAUUUUAUGGGAAGUAACUGACUUCUGCCAGCAGUCUGUGAAAGUGGAGAUGAAUAGGAACCUGCACAUACAACUUUUAAUGACAUAGCUGUGUAUCAGUAUCUGCCCAUGCUGUGCUAAAAUAUAUCAAACGUAUCACAAAGGAGGACUAAGAA